GAAAGAUUCAACAUUUAAUGAAGGAGUUUUGGAGGUGAUGACAAUUUCCCCAAAUGAUCGAAUCUGAUUAUACUAAGCGAUUAUUAUUUCCUCUCAUCAGAGGAAAUCAAGCCAAUGUUCUGAUCCAUUCUCCUUAAUUUUUAAUUGUUUUGUUUUUUUACUAAUAUGUGAUAUUUAGUGUCGUAGACUUGUUGGAGCUUAUGUUAUCCUGGAAAAUUUCUAGGAUGUGCUAGAUAAAUCAAGAAUAUAGGGUAGUGGUACGCUAUUGUUAAAGCAGAUAUGGAGGUGAUGACAAUUUCCCCAAAUGAUCGAAUCUGAUUAUGCUAAGCGAUUAUUAUUUUCUCUCUUCGGAGGAAAUCAAGCCAAUGUUCUGAUCCAUUCUCCUUACUUUUUAUGAAGUUUCGGUUUAUGUAACAAUGGUCUCCCGGUUGUUUUCAGUCUUGCAAGUUUUUGUUUCUUUUCUGGAUGUUGAUUGUAUUUACUGAUGGAUUAGACUGUUUCUUGAAGAAAAUUGGAUGACCGUAAUUGUUUUAACCUGAAUCGAAUUAACUAUACUCAAAUUCAGUAUUUUCGUACCUCUUAAAACUAUAUGUUCUGAUCAAAUACAUAAAUGGUUUGAGUAUAUAGAUCUACGAGUUUACCGGCCAGGGUUGUAAAUUUUUCUAGGUUGCUCCAGUUACUGAGGACAUGGACCGCAAGUGAGAUGAAUUUUUAAGUAUAUGAACAGAUGUAUCGAAUGAAAUGUAAACAUGUUCGGAUGCAAUUUCUGCUUGCACAGUCAUGACGCAUUUUCCAAAUAUUUUUCUCUCUCUAAUUACUUAUUUUAAUAAAUAAACUCUAAUUUAUUUAAUUGCAAGGGAACUAUGCUUUUUGUUUUUGACAUUUUUUUUAUAUAUUUUAUAUUUUUCGUGGAAUUGUGCACAUGUUUUGCUGAAUAGAGACGCAAACCGUAGUAAAAUCGGUAACGAUAAUAAAACUAAUGUUGAGUAACAAUAAACGUCCAAAAUUAAUUAAAGAAUAAUGAAAAUCUAAUUAACUAGAACCAUGUUACAAACUUAAAAUUGUCCUUUUAAACUUGAAAUUAUUCUCAAACCAGGCGGACAGGGACAAACUUGUAAUUAUUCUCAACCCGGGCGGACAGGGACAGAAGCCAAGUCUCUAAACCGACCUGUCCUAAAAAAAACUAGACGCGCCUACUUUCACUCGGCAAAACGACGUCGUUUCUUUCUUCACAUUCUCAUCAGUCAUCACCUUGGUUCGUUAAUUUUACCGCCGUCGAGGAUCCGAUCCGGAGAUGGAGACGUAUCCGAAACGAAACAACAAGCUGAUACCUUUAGCCUUUCUCUUGAUCCACUCCAUCGCCAUUCUCAUCUUCACUCGCGGGUUCCUCCUCACCCGAACAGAGCUUCCUUUCCACAGCACAUGCUCCGACGCUUCACUCUCUCCUUGCCUCUCGAAUAAUCACUCAAACUCCAAUCAUAACCAGACGAAAUGUUGGACCAAACCGGUCGUAGAUCGCGUGGUGAUCAUCGUCUUGGACGCUCUCAGAAUCGAUUUCUUAGCCCCGAGUGCUUUCUUCCCAGAAGCAAAGCCGUGGAUGGACAAAUUAACAGUCUUGCAGAACCUUGCCUUUGGUAACGAAUCGUCUGCUAAGAUCUUUAAGGCUUUUGCUGAUCCUCCUACUACCAGUCUGCAGCGUCUCAAGGGAUUGACGACGGGAGGGUUGCCUACUUUUGUCGAUGUUGGCAACAGUUUUGGUGCUCCUGCUAUUGUUGAGGAUAAUUUUAUUAAUCAGCUAGUGCUAAAUGGGAAACGGUUGGUGAUGAUGGGUGAUGAUACUUGGACACAGUUGUUCCCUAAUCAGUUUCAACAGUCGUAUCCUUUUCCUUCUUUCAAUGUUAAAGACCUGGAUACUGUUGACAAUGGAUGCAUUGAACACCUAUUCCCAACACUUUACAAAGAUGAUUGGGAUGUUCUGAUUGCGCAUUUUCUUGGCGUGGACCAUGCAGGACACAUAUUUGGAGUGGAUUCGAUGCCGAUGAUUAAUAAGUUGGAGCAAUAUAAUACUGUUAUAGAGAGAGUCGUGGAUAUAUUGGAGAGCCAGGCUGGACCAGGUGGCGUGCAUGAGAACACUAUGCUCAUAGUAAUGGGUGACCAUGGGCAGACAUUAAAUGGGGAUCAUGGCGGAGGCACUGCUGAAGAGGUAGAAACAACCAUGUUUGUCAUGAGUACGAAGAAGCAUACAACUUCGGUUCCUCCUGAGUUUGAUACCUCGUCUUGUAAACAAGAUCCGGACGGGAAGCAGAUGUGCAUCAGCUCCAUCGAGCAGCUUGAUUUUGCGGCAACAUUGUCAGCUUUGCUUGGAAUAUCAUUUCCUUUCGGAAGCAUUGGGCAUGUCAACCCAGAGCUCUAUGCCCUUGGUUCCAGCAGCUUUAAUUUAGAUAACACUAAGCAACCAGCUGUUAAAGAGUGGAUGCAAAGUUAUGUGAAUGUCCUCUGUGUGAAUGCUUGGCAGGUGAAAAGAUAUAUAGAUGUUUAUUCAAACUCAUCCGUUGUUGGUUUCUCAUCCGAUGAUAUGUCAAGAAUAUCAGAUCAAUAUUCUGCAGCCGAACAUCAUUGGUCUAACUCUGUCAAACACCUAUUGAUGGAUAACGAUGGAAACGAGGACAGUACAAAUACAUCUGCUCUUAAAGCGCAAAUCGCUGCAUAUUUGAAGUUUUUCUCAAGCGUUGCCGAACUUGCGCGGUCUAAGUGGACAGAGUUCAAUCUGAGUUUAAUGAUCACUGGGUUUGGGAUAUUGGUUAUAUCACUCAUCCUUCAGUCUCUUGCUAUCUUUCAUGGAGAUAAUAAACCUUUAGCAGUGGGUUCUGGAUUAUCUACUGGUGCAGCUUUCACUCUCUUUAUCGUAUUGGUCCGUGCUUGCAGCUUUCUUUCCAACAGCUAUAUUUUGGAAGAAGGAAAAGUAGCAAACUUUCUCCUGGCAACAACUGGACUUAUCAAGCUGAGAUACUCGGUCAUGAGGAAAGCAAUGCGGAAAGAAGCUUUUAUUUUUCUUGCUAUGGUUUCUGUUCUGAGAGUUUCUAUAGAUAUUGGGUUAACAAAGCAAGCUGCAACGUCUCAGUUUAUGAGUAGCUCACCGACGUGGAUGUUGGGGUUAGCUCCAGACCAUCCUGCAUUGACAUAUGCGAUUGAAAUUGCACCUAUCCUAUCUGUAGCUGCACUCAUUUGCGUACUCUACAUAGCGGUUGCUAAAACACACAGUGAGGGGAUGCGGAAGUAUGUUACUGUUGGUAGUAUGUUAAGCUACCUUUUGAUAGCUUUGCUCUGGGCUUCAGAGAGCAAGAUAUUUGGUUUUGAUGGUUUUCUUCAAGUGAUUGGAGGAAGAAAUGUCAUCCCUCAAACGGUUUAUGUAAUCGGAUUGGUGCAGCUCUUCCUUUUAGCUUCUUGCCAUAUGUUUUGCUCAGGAAAAGACAAGAAUUGGGGCAGCAGAACUGUCGCUCUUGUAUCUGCUUGUAGCUCGCCAGUAAUGCUCUUGUCUGGGAAGCAAGGAUCAAUGCUUGCUUUAGCAUAUCUGCUGGCUGGCUAUUGUAUUAUGAGGCUGGAGGGUGUAGAGAGAAGAACCAAAUCAGAUGGACAGAACUCAAAACUAGAUCCUGUGUGUGUUGUGCAAUGGAGUCUUCUUUCUGUAUGCAUGUUUUUCGCCAGCGGGCAUUGGUGUGCCUUUGAUGGUCUCCGCUAUGGAGCUGCAUUUGUUGGGUUUGAUGAGUUUGUGCUUAUACGACAAGCCAUCCUUUUGACAAUCGAAACAUUUGGAUUCUCGAUCAUCCUUUCUGUAUUCGGACUUCCUCUCCUCAUACCAACUCAUGGAGAAAAGCGCCGCCAGUUGUUUCAAAUGUACAUGCUCUACGGAGUUAUAUCCGCGACUACAGUCACAGCUACGAUCCUCUGCGUCACCAUCCAUAGAAGACAUCUGAUGGUUUGGGGUUUGUUUGCUCCAAAAUUUGUGUUUGACGUUGUUGGUCUCAUCCUCACCGAUGUCCUCAUAUGUUUGGCUUCAGCUUUCUAUCUUUGAUUCAUACUUGCAGUUGAUUUGAGAUAUAACAGUAGAUUAUAUACUAGGUACUUGUUUUUUUUUUUUACUUUGUUAUGAAUGUAUAAACAAUUAUCAGACCUCCUUUUUGAGCAUUGAUAAAUUGAUUUUACAAAUCUC